CCGUCGCCAAUUAUGAAAGGGAUUCGCCAGUCUUAAACCCAAACGAAAAUUUCUCUUUGUAUUCUUAUAGAUUAUAGAUAGAUUUUGCAUCUUUGAUUCUUUAUCUAUCUCGCUCACGAAAAAUAGCUCCAGGCAACGUCGGAAACAGGAUUUGUCAAACCCAUCCGACAACCAUGGAGUACCGCAACAAACUUGUUCUCGCUCCUAUGGUCCGCGUUGGCACUCUCCCAUUUAGAUUACUAGCUGCUCAAUAUGGUGCAGAUAUCACUUACUGCGAGGAAAUCAUUGACCACAAGAUGCUAAAGUGCGAGCGCCGAAUUAACGAAGUCAUUGGAUCCACUGAUUUUGUGGAGAAGGGGACAAACAAUGUUGUGUUUAGAACCUGUGAUGAAGAAAAAGAUAGGGUUGUGUUUCAAAUAGGAACAUCAGAUGCUGUGAGGGCCCUAACUACUGCUCAGUUAGUGUGUAAUGAUGUUGCUGCAGUAGAUAUUAACAUGGGUUGCCCGAAGUCAUUUUCUGUGAGUGGUGGAAUGGGUGCUGCUCUGUUGUCCAAACCAGAGCUUAUUCAUGAUAUCUUAACAACAUUAAAGAGGAAUUUGAACACACCAGUAACAUGUAAGAUUCGACUUCUAAAAUCACCACAUGAUACCGUGGAAUUAGCCAGACGAAUUGAGAAAACUGGUGUUUCUGCUCUUGCAGUCCAUGGAAGAAAAGUCCCAGAUAGGCCCAGAGAUCCUGCUAAGUGGAAUGAAAUCGCUGAUGUUGUGUCAGCAUUAUCUAUUCCAGUUAUAGAAAAUGGUGAUGUUUUUGAGAAUGAUGAUGUUGAACGCAUUAAAUCUGCCACAGGUGCCUCGUCAGUGAUGGUUGCCAGAGGGGCACUCUGGAAUGCUUCAAUGUUUUCGCCCGAGGGCAAAGUUUCUUAUGAAGCUGUGAAAAGAGAAUAUAUUAGGAAGUGCAUCUUGUGGGAUAAUGAUAUAAAAAGCACCAAGCAUACAUUAAAGGAAAUGAUAAUACAUUAUUCUUGUCUAGAACUGCCUGAAGGGAAGGCUGUGAUCAAAUCAGAGUCCAUGGCUGAUCUAGCGUUGGUCAAAGCAAUCUCUAUUCAACUCAACCUUAUCUUUCCACCACCAUCAUCUCGUCUAAAGCCCAAAUCACUCAACAGUCACAGUCAUGUGGUGCAUCAAACAUUGAAUAGUAUAAAAGUUUAUAAUGUAACUUGCACUAUACUAUCAUACUAUCUAGCAUUAUGGUAUUGGGUCUUACCCUGUAUGAAAGAUAGUGGAUUAGCUUCAAGAAAAACUAAAGUAUAUUUGGAUCAAAUCUAUGAAAACAUCUAUUGAUUCUUCAUGAGUUCAUUUUUUAUCUUUGAAAAUUUCUUCUUCCUUUUCUAAGAAUGCAGAUGAAUCCACUUAAUGUUACUGGACAUGAUUUUGCAUGAAGUUUACUGUUUGGCCUUUUUCCCUACUUGUUAUUAAGGCUCUAUUUGUUUAUGGAAAAUGAUUUGGGAUUAUAUUAAUGAUGUUUGCUUUUCCAUGUUGCACAAUCACUAAUAAUUCUACAACUACAUAUAUGUAUUCCUUGUACUUAAGGAUCUACGAAAGCCUAACCCAAUCUCUCACAUAUGUAUGGGAAACUCCAUUCUAUACUGUAUAGGAUCUGUAAGCAACCCUGUCGGUUGUAUUGUUUUUUUUUUUUUACUGACCCUGUCUGUUGUAUUUGUUAAGCAAAGUUCUAACAAUGCAUUUUUCAAGGAAAUAUUUGCAUAAAUCUUAAUUGAUGUUUGCUUGUCACAAUUUUCAGAAUGGUCUCUUAAAAUUGAAUUUCUUUAUUUCCUUCUUCACUGAUGAGAAACCUGGGCCUGAGUUUGAUUUGGCUUGAUUAGCUGGGUCCAAUUCUGUUUGAGAGUGAAUCUAUAAAGCAUUUUUUUACACAAGUAGCUUACCGGUUUUCAUGAUGUGCAUCUGUACAUAAAAAGAAUUAAUUUUAUAUUGUCAUAUGGGGGCACUCUCUCCAUAAUGGUGAUAUAAUGUCUCGCCUAAUAAAAAGAAAAAAACGACACUUUGUAGUAAAAGCUGGCUUUUUGCUUUUUAGCCUCUUUUUUUUCUUCUUAAAUUUCAAUUUUUCUUGUCUCCUUUUUCUCCUAGAUAAUAGAAGUUUUAAUCUUCUUGAGGCUUUUAACCAUCUUCAU